GGGUGUUACCAGACCAAUCGAUCGAUCAUUGAUCGACGGCAUCGGCCAACGUCGAUCGAACUUGAUCGACUGGUCUGGUAGCUUUAAUUGAUCGACAGAUCAGACCAAUCGAUCGAUCAUUGAUCGACGGCAUCGGCCAACGUCGAUCGAACUUGAUCGACUGGUCUGGUAGCUUUAAUUGAUCGACAGAUCAGACCAAUCGAUCGAUCAUUGAUCGACGGCAUCGGCCAACGUCGAUCGAACUUGAUCGACUGGUCUGGUAGCUUUAAUUGAUCGACAGAUCAGACCAAUCGAUCGAUCAUUGAUCGACGGCAUCGGCCAACGUCGAUCGAACUUGAUCGACUGGUCUGGUAGCUUUAAUUGAUCGACAGAUCAGACCAAUCGAUCGAUCAUUGAUCGACGGCAUCGGCCAACGUCGAUCGAACUUGAUCGACUGGUCUGGUAGCUUUAAUUGAUCGACAGAUCAGACCAAUCGAUCGAUCAUUGAUCGACGGCAUCGGCCAACGUCGAUCGAACUUGAUUGACUGGUCUGGUAGCUUUAAUUGAUCGACAGAUCAGACCAAUCGAUCGAUCAUUGAUCGACGGCAUCGGCCAACGUCGAUCGAACUUGAUCGACUGGUCUGGUAGCUUUAAAUUGAUAUUCCAUCAGUUUCUUUCAAAAUGUAUUCAGAAGAGGACGCGUUGUUGUUGGCCAGUACGGUGUUGCUCGUACUAUUAUUACGGAGACGUAAACGCAGAAGAUUCUGGAUGCGACCAUUUUUUAAAGCCAAAGAUCGCUUAUCUUAUCCAAAUGACAUUUUAAAUAGCGGUUUUUUGGAUGCUUAUCGAAUGAGUAACAGUGAUAUUGAAAAACUAUUAAAUAUGGUGGCACCAACAAUUGCGAAAAUGGAUACCAAUUACAGACAAUCAAUUUCACCUAAAAGUCGGUUGCUUAUAACACUCAGAUUUCUAGCCAGUGGUGAUUCAUAUCAAAGUCUAGUGCUAACGUUUAAAGUUUCACAACAAAGUAUUUCUUGCAUAAUUCCAGAAGUGUGCAGUGCGCUUAUAUCCUCUCUCAGGGAUUACAUACAAGUGCCAAGCACGGAAGAAGGAUGGCUCAACAUUGCAAAAGAUUUUGAACUGCUGUGGAAUUUUCCCCACUGUCUGGGAGCAUUAGAUGGCAAACAUAUAAAUAUGCGCGCUCCAAAUAACAGUGGGAGCACAUACUUUAACUACAAGGGAGUCCACAGUAUUGUCCUAAUGGCUGUAGUGGAUGCGAAUUACAAUUUUAUAUACUGCGAUAUUGGGUGCCAAGGUCGUAUUUCUGACGGUGGUGUAUUUGGAAAUACUAUUUUAAAUUCCAUGAAUCUACGAGGAAUCCCAAAAGAAAGUGCAUUGCCUGGAAGAAGUUGUCUUACACCAUAUGUUUUUAUAGCUGACAAUGCCUUUCCUAUUUCUGAAAAUUUAAUGAAGCCAUUUCUUGAAUUAGGGCGAAAAGGAUCAAAGGUGCGAAUUUUCAACUAUAGGUUGAGCAGGGCUCGCCGAAUGGUAGAAAGUACAUUCGGCAUUUUAAGUGCAGUAUUUCGUUGUCUUCGAAGGCCUUUUCAUCUUCAGCCGAAAAAUGUGGAAAACAUAGUGUUAGCUACGACUUAUCUUCAUAACUAUUUAAGAAGGAAUUGUGAGAGUUAUAGGUCCUUACAAUUGCGCUAUUCAAAUAUCACAAGUGCCGAUUCCGAAAUAAUACAACCGCCAGAAAUUCAGUCACCUGUACAAUUCUACAGUUUACCAACUCCAGCUGAACUAGUGAGAGAAGAGUUUGCUGAAUACUUUUGUUCUAAAGAUGGUAUGGUUACAUGGCAAUAUAAGUAUUGUUAAAUAAACGACUUUUAGUAAGUCACUUCGCACUUUGUUUUGGACUAAAACCCUGUACACAAGUGACAGCUACUGUGUAAUCUGUAUCAAUAAAGGUUAUAAGUAUGUACUUAUAAAAUUGUAUUAUUAUUUUUAAGACAAACGCUACUGGAAAAAGUUUUAAUGUGCAUAAUAUUAUUAAUAUUUGAGCAUGACUUGCCCGCGAUUUGAGAUAGACCGCGACAUAGGCUACCUGUCACAUCUGACAACAUUUAUCACAAAGUGACGGGCAGUCAAUCUCACGGUCUAUCUAUACAACAGACUGAGAAAGCGAUAUCUACAUCUCGUUCUGCUGUAUAGCUGCGU